AUGAACAUGGCCCCUGGAACAACCAAUCAUCUUAAUCAUACAUUACCGAUAAAUCAAUCACUGGCUACCCCCGCUUCAGCUGUUGUUGCAACAUCCUCACCAUCACAUACGACCAAUGCUCGAUGUCUAGACAUCACGCUAGUCAAACAACGUCAUGAAUGGGACUGUGGUCUAGCCUGCAUCGAGAUGAUCCAGAAAUGGCACUUGAACAAUAAGCAGCAACAACAACAGCACAAUGCAACUUCAUUGAACCCAACAACAGAGACCAUAACAUCAUCAUCAGACUGUGCAUCAAUCGCUCGAAACAUUAUAACAACACAGAGCGUUUGGUCUAUUGACUUGUCUGAUGCAUUGGCAACGAUGGGGAUCAAUCAUCACUUCUUCACAGUGUCGAUUGGUAUCGACAAUAGCCAUCGACUCAAACCGUUCUAUCAACGCGACUGGUCUGCAGAUGAACAACGCGUGAGCCGUCUGUUUGACAAGUCUCGGGCACACGACCCUCCCAUGCUCUUCUUUGGGGUCGUGCCACUCGAGAAGCUCAUUGCACAUGUCAAACAAGGCCUACCAGCAAUCGUACUUGUAGACUCAAACAGUUUAGUCUAUAUCGUCAACAACAACAAUGAUGGCAACAGUAGCAACACUAGCAGUGGCAGUAGCAACAGUAGCAGUAGUAGUGGUCACAAACGAGAGGACAAGGACUUCUAUGGUCACUUUGUAGUCUUGGCUGGCUAUGAUGACUCGCGGCAACAGUUUAUUGUUAUCGAUCCAUCACUUUCACAAGAGUACUGCAUGAUAUCAGUCAACGACUUUGAAUAUGCUCGCUCAAGACCUGGCACAGACAUGGACAUCUUACUCAUUCAUUGA